AUGUGGAGCCUUCCAGUCAUUGCCUGUUGGACGCUCAUUAUUGGAACACAAAAUGGCCACAGCUUGAAAAACAGAAUCCCCCAGAAUCCAGAAGCUAGUAUGAAUCUCAGCCAGAUUAUGUCUUACUGGGGCUACCCAAAUGAACAAUAUGACAUCGUGACUGAAGACGGUUAUAUCCUGGGCCUUUACAGGAUUCCUCAUGGGAAAGGAUGUUUAGGAACAGCUCCAUAUCGUCCUGUUGUGUAUUUGCAACAUGGUUUGUCUGCAUCUGCUUUUAACUGGAUUGCCAACCUGCCGCCAAACAGCCUGGCCUACAUUCUGGCAGAUGCUGGUUGCGAUGUGUGGCUGGGGAACAGCCGGGGGACCACCUGGUCUCAGAGACAUGUGUCCUUGUCUCCGGACUCAGAAGAGUUCUGGGCUUUCAGUUUUGAUGACAUGGCUAACCACGACCUCCCUGCCACAAUUGAUUUUAUUGUGAAGAAAACCAGGCAGAAGCAACUGUAUUACCUGGGUCAUUCCCAGGGUACCACCAUCGCUUUCAUAUCAUUCUCUACCAAUCCAAAACUGGCUCAGAGAAUCAAGAUGGUUUUUGGCUUGGCUCCUGUUGGGUCAGUAAAGCAUGUUAAAAGCCCUCCAAAAAAACUGUUUCCCUUCCUGGAGUCACUAUUGAAGGUUUUUUUUGAAAGAAAAGCUAUUUCUUCCCAAGCCAAGUUCAAUCAAUUCCUUGCAACCAAAAUGUGCAACCUCUGGAUUUUCCACUGGCUCUGUAAAGGCACAUUCUUUGCCAUGUAUGGCUCUGACUACAGGAACUUAAAUGAGAGUCGCUUGGACGUCUAUAUGUCUAAUUAUCCUGGAGCGAUGUCCGUUCAGAAUGUGAUCCACUGGGGACAGCUCGUUGCUUCUGGGCAGUUGCAAGCCUUUGACUGGGAGGAUCCAGCCCUGAACAUGGCGCAUUAUAAUCAGAUCACUCCUCCUUUGUACAAUGUGACACUGAUGAUGGUACCAACUAUGUUGUGGAGUGGUGGAGAAGAUGUGAUAGCUGACCCAUUAGAUGUGGACAGUUUGCUCCCCAAUAUUGCUAACCUUAUUUACCACAAGAGAAUUAGCCACUACAAUCACAUGGACUUUUGCCUGGGAAUGGAUGCACCUCAACAAGUUUUCUAUGAAAUAAUUAACAUGAUAAAGAAAAAUAUGUAA